UCCUCCUGGGUGCAGAGGCACGAGCAGACCAGUGCCGCAGUUCAGCGACGACACGCGCACGUCGUGGAAGUUUGUCUCUGCGUGGACGCGAACUGUCAACUUGAGUGCGUGCGCGCGCAAAGUGGAUACAAAAUUUGUGGACUCUCGGGAUUUGGUUGUGCAUGGCGUGGUCAAAGAGUUCCAAGUCUGGAAAUACCAUGUUGCCUCUUCUCCUGCUCCUCUUCGUCUCCUACAGUCUGGUUUUAGCCUUUGAGUGCCCCGUAGAUUGUACUUGCCAAGACCAAAGCUCAAUAUUUUGUCUAAAUCGACGAUCCAACACUGUUCCCCGUGUCCCAGCGAGCACAGUGAAUCUCUACAUCUUCCAAAAUGGGAUCAAAACUUUGACACAAAAUGACUUCAUAGGUCUGGGGGAGCUGGAUAUGAUCGAUCUGAGCCAGAAUGAGCUGGGAGAGGUUCCGGAUGGUGUAUUUAAGAUGCUGUCAAAGCUUAAAAACUUGGAUUUGUCAUCUAAUGCCAUUACUCACAUUUCCAAAGACAGCUUUUCUGGGUUGUUCCAGCUGGAGAGACUGUAUCUCCAUCAGAAUCUCAUCCAGACCAUCCACCCAGAAGCUUUCCAAGGUUUAGAAAUGCUAUUGGAACUCAAGCUACAUGGAAACAAACUCACCUCCUUGCCAACCCUUCAGUUACCCCGACUUCUGCUUCUGGACCUCAGUAACAAUAACAUCCCAAGUUUAGGUGUCUCAGACCUCCAGACUCCUCACUUAGAAGCCCUUAAAAUCGCUUCUCUUGGGCUCACCUCUCUGGAUGAUGACCUUAUAGCCUCCCUUGGGAAUCUCCAUGAGCUCGACAUCUCCAUGAACCAGAUAACGGAGGUUCCUAAUGCUCUAAAGCAGGACUCCCUCAAGGGUUUAAUCAAGCUCAACCUGGCUGUCAAUCCAUUGGGUGAGCUCAGAACAGAGGACUUUCAGAAACUCAUUGGGCUCCAAGAAUUGGAUCUCAGUGGCAUUAAUCUCCAGGAAUUUCCCCAAGAUUUUUUCCAGUCCUUCUCCAGGCUGACAUAUAUUGCAGCAGCUGAGAAUCCAUUUAACUGUUUGUGUCCACUAGCUUGGUUUCCAGUGUGGCUGAAGGAGAGAACUGUUGAUCUGUUGAGGCCUGAGGAGACCAGGUGCCACUUUCCUCCAACUAACGCUGGUAAGAUGCUUUCAGCACUCAAGCACAAAGAUUUUGGAUGUCCACCAACUACAACUUUUAUGAUGAAGUCCCCUAUCGGGAGUACACCUCGUCCUCAGGUUCCUACCACAACCCCAGAAACAACCCAUACAAAUACCAUAACCCCUCCUCCACAAUCAAAUGGACAAACCGUGGACUCAAAGAUAGACUUGCUUCCAUCAGAAUCUCCUGCCUCUCCAAGCUCCACAAGUGGGCGAUAUGAGCAACACAUCUGUCCAGCAAACAUCUGUCUUAACGGGGGUACAUGUAACUUUGACCCAAUGGGACAAUUGGGCUGCCUGUGUCCUUUCGGAACAUCUGGACUCUAUUGCGAAAACAUUGACAAUGUUCCAGAGCCACCAAAACCUUCAGCAACAGAAGUGUCCAAGACGGCCCCCACAAUUCUUGCAGAACUCGAUGCCAUCAGCUCACGCCAGGUGACCUCCACAUCUAUCCUUCUUGAUCUUCAUCGGUUCAUCAAGACACGACCAAACAUCCGGGGCAUCACGCUGACCUACCGGAAUCUCUCAGGCCCUGACCGCCGUCCCAUCAUAUUGAGUCUUCCGGCAUCCUACCCCGAGUACACCUUGCGUGGACUGAUACCCAACUGUACCUACUCAGUCUGCGCCAGUCCUCUCGGCGAGAGAAUGAGCUCCAGGGCUAACAGCUCUGUAGAAACUGGGUCUUGUACAGAAGCUCGCACUGUUGGGGUUCCACUGACAUCCUUAGAACCUAGAGUGGAGACAGAGAGCUUACUCACAUAUACUCUCAUACCAGCUGUUGCUGCUCUGGCGCUGGUGCUGGUGUUGGCUUUAGUGGCCGGUGUGAUCAUCUUUCUCAGGAAAAAGAGAGAGAGCAAGGCGGGGAUGGAGCUGGAACUGGGUCCUGCUGAUCCUGACGACCUGAUGAAAGUAGAAGGCAUCAAGGUGUGUCCUGAAAACGGGGGAAACGGGACACUACCGCGGAAACAAGCGGAGAUCGAGUGCUGUCACACGCCACAACCACUGCCUUCCUUGCAACCAAAUAGUAGCUUAGACUAUGAGGUGCCUUUGAUGCAAGGACACUCGCCAUCAAAUAACAAUCGAUCAUCCCUAAAAGCGUCAUAUUUCUAAGUUGAAAUAAUACACAGACACUCUUGAUGUCCGUCAAAAUUUUGUUCAGGUCUGUGUAGUGGUUUAGAAUUCAAACAUUUCCUUCAAAUGUCACUGUGGCACUUAUUCUUUGUCUCCACUACUGACCGGAUUGACAGAGAAUGAUGAGAAGCAAUUACAAUUGCAAUGUAUUGGAAAUGAUGUGAACCACUGCGGGACAGGCAGGUUGUGGUUUUUUAAUGGGUUUGAUGGUGACAAAACCCAACAAAGUGCAAUUGACUAGAAUUGUCCUUGGAGCAUGGACAAAGCUAUUAACUGUGGUUUGUUCUAAAACUGUUUUUUGUAAAAAAAAAUCGAAAGAAGUUGUAAAUCUCUUGCUGGAUUUGGAAAUGAACUGGAGGAAAUUUGAGCUAUAAAUGACAAGAAGGGUAAAGUUCUAGUCUUGGCUAUAGACUGGAACUGAAUUGACUCAUUAUUAUUGCUUUUCAGUGUUUCCAUUACAAACUGAAAUAAGACAGAUGAUCAAACAACGAUAAAGCUACAGACAGUUUGAAAACAUUUUGUGGAGCUGAACUUCCGAAGCAUACCAACUUGGAUUCUUCACUUUCAACAGAUCCAUCCAUGACUCAAUCCACACGUCUACUGGCUUUUGGCUCAGUGGUAACUACAUUUUCUGUGAAAGAAAAAGGGACUGAACAAAAAGCAUUAAGUCGGCCCACAUUGUCAUGUGUCAUGACAGAAAGUCUGGCUUAUGUAACCUUAUUUGUUUUUUGUUUUUUUGUGUUUUUGUGCCUACUCUCAAAUCAGUAUUGCUGUCAUCGAAAAUGUUAUCAAAAAAGAUGGAAGGGUGUCUCGGAGUCAAGUAACCAUCAAAUAUGUACAAGACAAGAUGUUUCUGACUCCUUAGCUCUGGGGUGUCCAAAUUGUUUUCACCGAGGAUCACAUAAAGAAAAACUGAAGGAUGCGAGGGAGCAAAUUAUCCCAAUGAGUAAUGCCCGUAUUGCAAAGAAAAAACACAAUAAUAUUAGUACAACAUAUUCAUUUUUUAAGAUAACGAUUUUUAAAUUUUCAACCAAAAAGUUGUGUAUUUUGGAAGAAACAGCUAUAAUAAAGCUUUGAGGGGAAAAAAAAAAUUUUUUGAGACAAAAGUACUGUGUUUUUUAGAGGUUAGUUACAUUUUUCCAAAAAAAACCUCAUCAUUUACCAAGUUAUGUUCCGCAUAAACUACCAUGAAGGUAAAUUAUUUAAUUAAGUAAGUACAAUAAUUCCAGUUUAUUGUAUACACUUAUUUAAAGUAUUAAUAUUAUAUUUAUCCAUCGAUCCAUCAUCUUAUAAGUCGGGUCGCGGGGGCAGAGAAGACCAGACUUCUUUCUCACAAGCUACUUCGUCCAGCUCUUCCGGCGGAUCCCGAGGCCUUCUUAGGCCACCUGGACGACAGUCUCUCCACCGUGUCCUGGGUCUUCCCCGUGGUCUGCUACUGGUCGGACGCGCCCUAAAUGUUAUUAUUAUUAAUAUUAUUAUAUUAUAACUUGUCCCUCAAAAUAAAACUUACUUUCUUUGAAGCAUUUAUUCCUCAAAAAUAUAGUGGUAUCAUUUUUUCUUUUCAGUGUGGUCCCUUGUACAUCUUCAUGAUAUUGAUAUUUUUUAAAGAAAAAACAGAUGAUAUUUUAGCUAAUAUAAAUACUUUUUUUCUUGCAAAUGUUUUUUAAAUUCUUCACCUUAAGGUCUUAAGUAGGGGCCAUGUUUAAUUUAAUAUUUUAAAGAUCAUGCCGCUAGCCUCUGUAAAAAAGGAGCUUUGGGCCGCAAAUGGCCCUGAGGGCCGUACUUUGGACACCCCAGCUUUAGAUCAAGUAUUAAUCUAGUUCGAGGUCAGCAUCUGACCCAGAACAAUCACAACGGACGUGCCCGACAAUUAUGUGAACUUUGGUUAAACUAGCCAAGAAAGUGUUACUUUACUACAGGGUCUGUACAACAUCCGAGUCUGUUUCAAAGUAGUAGUUGUUACCAGCUUACACAAACCUACUGAACAUUCAAAGACCACAAAGAGAUUAUUCAGAAUAUAAGGUAAAGUAUGUUGAAUUUUGGGGAACAGAACGGGUUAUUUACUGAAAGGCUAAAUGCACAUCCUGAUAUUUGAUUGUGCUUUUUCUUAAACCAGAAAGAAGAAGUGCAAAUGCUUUACACCAGGGGUCGGGAACCUUUUUGGCCUAGAGAGCCAUGAAAGCCAAAUAUUUUAAAAUGUUUUUCCGUGAGAGCCAUAUAAUAUUUUUUAACACUGAAUACAACUAAAUGCGUGCAUUUUUAAGUAAGACCAACAUUUUUAGAGUAUAAUAAGUCUCUUAUUAUUUUUAAUAACAUUGUUAUUCUGAAACUAACCAGUAAUAAAUAAAAUACUUCUUACCAUUAAUACAACUUCUUGAACAGGUGCGGUAGAAAACGGAUGGAUGCAUUGAAAUGCUUGAGAAUGUUUUAUAUUUUGAACGUUAUUUUUAACACUUUUAUUACCAACGUCAACUAAGAUUUAUCUGAGAGCCAGAUGCAGUCAUCAAAAGAGCCACAUCUGGCUCGAGAGCCAGAGGUUCCCUACCCCUGCUUUACACCAUUGUGCCUUCAGAUACCCAGGACAUGCAAAUGUGCCUUUUUAAAAACAGCGCUAAUAAAACACUAAGCCUCAUCUUCACUGUGAAUGAAUCGUAAUUAAAGCAACAAAAAAAAAUUGUCAGGUUUUCCCCAACAUUGUCCACGCCCUGCUUUUCAUCUAUUCCCCACUGCAAAGUAAACACAAGAUACAUCUGCCACUCCAUCAACUGGAAUACUUUGGGUUGUGUUCGUGGACUGCCAGCAUCUGUUUGCAACAUGCUCGCUAGAGUGCUAUCAUGUUUUGUAUUGUUUGUCAAAAAAAAAUGUUGUAUGUGUUUGCCAGAAAAUAAUGCACACAAAAGGACAGUAUUAAAAA